ACCGCCACUUCCUCUCCACACACCACCCAACCUAUUCAGACUUCUUGACCUUUGACCAACAAACAACAACACAUCUAACAAUGGUUCACUUCUCCGCGCUCGCUCUUUUGGCGGCUUCCGCAAUCGCUGGCCCUGUCUACCGCCGGGCCGCAGUCCCCGAGUGUUGGGACUGGGAGGUUGAGAACAUGGAGUCUGGUUGCGGCCGUCACGGCUGCUCUUACUAUUUCAACGUCACCGUACCGGACUUCGAUAGCCCUAACGGCGAAGUUGCUGGCGUGAAAGCGCUUUGCAACGGAUACGAGCAGGGAUACGACAGCGGAUUCACUGUCCCUUCGACCUUCGAGCUAUGCAAGACGAUUGAGGGAUCCGGACUUCAAGUUGCAGCCAGGUUCUCGCUGAGACCACAAAACGAUACCAGCACUUUCCCUCGCACCUUCCAAGUCAGUGUCCUGGAACCUCCUUCCAACGGAAAACUUGGCUACAACUAUACCGCUACCCACAAAGUCACGUACAACUCGGCCGUCGCGCCUCCACUCAACUUCACCAUUACUCCAUCCGAGGUCUCUUCGACCAACGAUACCACUCUGGUCAACCGUCCCCCAACUUGGUUUUAGAAAUAUCCUGAUAUUCUUGUAAUCCAACGCUUGUUACUUAUCUUAAUUAUGCGUUGUUACUCUACAAUAGUUGCAACUACUUCAAUUCGAAUCUAACCCCCGGGCCUUUCUGACCGGUGGGUAUUGGGACAUUAAAUACACCAGAAAGUGCAAAUUUGACAGUUCGUUCAUAAAA